GUCAAUGUGACAGUGUCUCUUUGACCUUCACCAUGACAGACACGCGUCAGUUCGGUGAUCUUGCAACUCAACUUAUCGCAGAAUCUCGUAGAUCGACUCUAACAGACACUCUUCUCAAAUACAAUGACAAUCUUGUCCGAUCUAUCAUCCGGGAACAACGCGAUCUCGAAAAAAUGACCGAAACCAGUCAGAAUGUCACUCCAGCGAUGCUCAUCUUUCAAACAACCAUCGUACGAAACAAGAGAUGUCUCCUAGCAUAUCACAAGCACCGUAUGGAUAGGCUGCGCGAUAUGUACUGGACCGCAGGAGGUGCUUUACCGCAUAUCCUGAGCAAUCAGGAUAUUCGCAGCAAGCUCUCUCCUCAUGAAGUCGACUUCCUUCGCCAGUACACCAGUAUUACCCAUCCGCCCAAAGACUUGCAUGUGCUAGUUCACGUUAUCAGGGAUUGUGGGAUCAUACAAACUGAGCUUGGGACCAUCAAUUUUCAGAAGGGACAGAGAUUCAUGGUCAGGAGGGCUGAUAUCGAACACCUAAUUGUGCAAGGUUAUCUCGAGGAGGUUUAAUAGAGACACGUGGCGGUGUUUGCUUCUGCGCCAAACAACUCGGCACUUUGUCAAACGUGCCUACCCAUUACAUCAAGUACUCCACCACUAUAAUGCGGCGUGGUCUCUACAAUUGCUCGAGAUUGUCAUCAAGUGCAUUGAUCCCGCAAAAUCGCUUUCCUUCAUCUCCUAAAUACCUGUCUACACAUUUACGAUGGUUGUCAACCACAACUCCUAAGGCUUCUCGGUCCUAUACCGUCCAGCCAACAAACGAACGUUAUGAUCUUUUUUUUUCUGAGGGCUCUAGUCCUCCCAUGUUUACGCCAAAUAAAGGGGGUUCUGUUGGUUCUGAAGACAUAUCCGACCGUGAAUGGCAAAUCCGGACAGGUCAGUCUGGCAUGCUACU